AUGAAUAUUCGCAACGCGAGGGUAAGUGAGCCGACCAUGCAACACUAUGUGUGUUAGCUAGCUAGCUAGCCACCCAUCGCUAAUCAAAUCAAAUCAAUUCUUAUUUAUAAUAACAAUGCAAGGCUUUGUGAUCGCUGCACGUUUGCUUGUCAAGUGAAACUGCUGCUAGCUUAAUUAGCUACUACGUAAAUGGAUUGCUACUACGGUAGCUAGCUGGAUACAAAGUGAACAAGAGUAACUAGUUCCACUUCAAGUGUAGUUACGUUAGCUAGCUAGUAACGUUAGUGACGUUUUGAUUGAAUCAGUGUCCACAGUCCAGACAUGACAUCUCUUCUGGUUGUCCCUUUUCUCAAGUGCCAUUGUUUCAAUCAGUGUCCAAACCAUUGACAUGUCUUGUUGUUCUGUUUCCUCAGCCGGAGGACCUUAUGAACAUGCAGCACUGCAACCUGCUGUGUCUCCCAGAGAACUACCAGAUGAAAUACUACUUCUACCAUGGACUGUCCUGGCCACAGGUUAAUAUGGCUUCCUCUUCAUCAUCAGACAUCUCCAUUGCCACUUCAUUCAUAUCACUUGAGUCAAGUCUUUGUUCUUGCAUUCAAUCAGUCAAAAAUGGAAUUUCUCUACUCAACCAAUAGGAAUGAGUAACAUUCGAUUUUGGUCUAGCUAGUUGUUACUAGAUCAAAUUGUAUUUGUCACAUGCGCCGAAUACAACAGGUGUAGACCAAAAAUAACAUGAAAUAAAAAAAUAAAAAUAAAUAAAAGUAACAUAAUUAAAGAGCAGAUGUCUGUGUAACUCUGUGCGUCUAUCUCUAACAUCACCUCUUUGUUCAUCUUUCAGCUCUCCUACAUCGCAGAGGAUGAGAAUGGCAAAAUAGUGGGAUAUGUUUUGGCCAAGAUGUGAGUAUACCUGAACUACAGAGCUUAUCUCAUGCCAUUGUUUGUCAGUGUCUAUCAAGCCCUCACUCUUUAUGUGGCAUGCAGGGAGGAGGACCCAGAUGAUGUCCCCCAUGGUCACAUCACAUCCCUGGUGAGUCUUGGUUCUGUACUGUUCAUUGUAGUACUUUAUAGGUUCAAUAUGGGAUAGGCAGUAGACUAUGGAGGAGCUUGCAGAAGAAGAAGGUGACCUCUCAUCUGCAGCACCUUGUCAGGUUGUUUAGUUGUUGUUGUUGAGUGACAGGAAGGACUGUUAACAAAUGUUUGGAUUGUCUUUGUGUCUGUCUGUCUCUCAGGCUGUCAAGCGUUCUCACAGACGUCUGGGUCUGGCUCAGAAGCUGAUGGACCAAGCCAGCCGAGCUAUGAUUGAAAACUUCAAUGCCAAAUAUGUCUCACUUCAUGUCCGGAAAAGGUAGUGCAGUGUGCUGGAUGUCUGUGUUGGACUUCAAUGAGAUGUCUCCACCACUCCACUAGUCAUUGUUAUAUUGCUGUUAGAUAAGAAUUUCCAGAUUAGUUGUUGUAAUGGAAUGUUGAAUACAUAUCACUCUCCUGUUCUCUAGAGAAGUAUAGACAGAAGAUAAUUUGAAUACAGAGAGACAUUGUUUUUCAGACCAUUCUUAAUGUGACUUGUAUUGUUUUAUCCUGUUGAUCUGUAUCUGUAUUUUUUGGUUCACAAAUAACUUGAAUUGCAUCCAUCUCAUUUUCUCCUACUGCAGUAACCGAGCGGCCUUGCACCUGUACUCCAACACACUGAAAUUCCAGUAAGUAACAUGGAUCUCCUCCUGCCUGUCCUUGUGUAAAUGGACCCUCCUAAAGCAAGUGCUUAUGUAAAUGUUGAUGUUGCAUGUCAGCCUCCUAGUCAAAGUGAGGUUGUCUCGGGAACUGUGGAGUCAUAUUCCCUACUGAUAUAUCCAAAUGAUGGUCUCUGCUGCAGAAUUCAAAUGUAUCCAAAGAGGUUGUUUAUUUAUUUUACUUUUCCCUUAUUUAACCAGUGAUUGUUUGCAGUGCUACGAUCACAAACAAUGUCCAUGUAUAAUGUGUUGAUCCUAUUCCCCACUCACAUACUAAUCAUUUUCAUUCACCUCUAUAGGAUUAGUGAAAUAGAGCCCAAAUACUAUGCAGAUGGGGAGGAUGCCUAUGCCAUGAAGAGAGACCUAGCUCACAUGGCUGAUGAGGUGAGUUUUAACUCCUAUCCUUCUUUCCAGCAGCAUGGCUUGAUAGUGUUUUGCAUACAGUGGCUCCUCUCUGCCAUGAGGGUAAGGUCAACCUUUCAACAAACCAUUAAGAGAGACACCUCCACACACUGCUGUCUAUGUUUACCAAUACUCCACAUGGGAGCAUAGAUUGCAGUGUCUCUUUUUUAUCAUAGGCGGAACAUAUUUUUUCGAUAUCCAGAACCUGGUCAAAGCUGCAUUCUGACCACGUGUCUGUCUAGUGCAUUCUGACCAAGUGUGUCUGUUGUUUCUGUCUAUGGGUCCCACAGUUGAGGAAGCCAGGAGUGAAGGCACUGGGUCAGGAGACCCUUACCGCUACGACCACACCUGGUGACCAGGAGAAAGAGGGAGAGAGGGACAGUGGUGGAGAGAGCAAAGAGCUCAGUGAAGUUAGCGAAGCUACAGAGAGCACAGACGUCAAAGAUUCAUCCUCCGAUUCACAAUGA